AUGUUGGAUCAAUUCAAUGAGCCAUUCACGCCCACGCACUACACUCUACUGAAAAGAGCCAAGGCAACAACUGCUCAGAAGCUAUUCAUAAUUAUUUUCAUGGCCUUAACCGAGGCCUAUUACAUAGGCCGUUGCUUCAUCAGCCUGGUCCCCUGGGCAGAUCAGGAGGAAGCCUAUGAGAUUCGCGAUGUAACCCGAUUUAUCCUUCCGAUCAUCAAUAUCUUAUCGAUUCCCUUGAUCUACGUGGCUUGCUUGGCCUAUUACUCUGAAGAGGUUGCGUUUAGCGAGAUGGUGCCCGACAAUAUGGUGCUGAGGAGAGGAGUGUGUAGUUGGGAGAGGAAAUCUCGAAGAUGGAUAUAUGAGGAGACGAUUUUUAGUUUUUAG